GCGGCGUGCACGGGAAGGCACGAGACGAGCGAGCCCUAGCAGAUUCUGUGCCAACGUCGCCGGCCGAUUCACCUCCUCUCGGUCACUACCGGAAGCUGCCUCCUCUUGCCGAUUACUCUAUCUCGGUCGAAUUAUCCUACCCCAUAAUUUUUUCAAGCGCGAUUGUCUACACUUCCUUGUGUGCAAGUUAUUGCUUUUGAAUACUAAUACAAGAUGGUUAAUGCGAUGAAGGGCCUCCUGAUUUCCUGUGAUGUACCCAUGACACAAUUCAUCAUUAGCUUCAAUGCUUCACUUCCUCCUUCACAGAGGUUCAUCCUACACGUGCUUGACAAUACACACAUGUUUGUGCAGCCUCAUGUGGCCGAGAUGAUCCGAAGCAAGAUUUCGGAAUUUAGGGAUCAGAACUCUUAUGAGAAGCCACUAUGAUCCAUUUCGAAUUCUCCUUGUUGGCAAGAGAAAAAUAAUAUGCCCGAGAUUUGAAUCAAAACUCAUCUUUAAACUUGAUUGACAAUGUAGCAAACUGGAAUUUGUGAAUGGAUGUCUAUAUUUGGCUUGCUUGAUCUUGAA